CCAAAACUUGAUUUUUGGUUACCCGCUCAUUACUACAUCUUCUUGCCAUCUCAGUCGUACGCCCUAAAUCCCCAAAUAAAAGUUUGUUUUUCUUCAGCUGAAAUCCCCCAAAUUUCCCAUAUCCAACAACACCAGUCAAUACACCUACACCAAUCACACUUCUUUUUCUUUUCAUUUCACUGCACUGAAUUCACUCACCAUAGCUACUCCUUUUCUCUCGAUCUGUUAGGGUUUCUUUUAAUUUUAGGCUUUCAAUACAGUUUCCUUUUAAUUUUACUGGAAGGAGUUGAAAGAUAAAGGAAACGAAGAGGGGAGUAAGGCUGUUCGCUGAAAUAAAGAGAUAAAAAAAAAGGUUGAAGAUGAUGAUUUUCAGGUUUUUUUUACGGUAAGGUGUUCCACGAGCACCUUCAUGGAAUUAACUGUGUUAAAUGGAGCUGCUUCCUUUUCACUGUUUACUUGGCAUAUUGGUUGGUUACAAUGCGUAGAGAUCCCCAAGUUUGUUGACACAGUUACUCCUCAAUUCAAACCGAAAUUUGAUGCAUUGUUGGUUGAAUUGAAAGAAGAAGAGCAGAAAUCUUUGAAAGAGUCCGAGCGUUUGGAGAAAGAAAUUGCCGACGUUCAGGAACUGAAGCAAAAGAUCAGCACCAUGACAAUAGAUGAGUACUUUGAGAAACAUCCCGAACUAAAAAAGAAAUUCGAUGAUGAGAUCCGCAAUGACAAUUGGGGAUAUUGAGACAUGUUUGGUAAUAUAAGGGUCAAGCCACAAACUUGCUACAUAUGUAUGAUUAGUAAUGACCAGGAAAGGUUUCUCGUAUAGAGUUACCUUUAUAAAAUUAUGCAUGCUUAGUAUUGUCUUGUUAUCAGAGGAUCCAAUAAUCUUAAACCUAAAACUAGUAUAUCGAAUAGCAAGACAGCCUUGUGUAAAGCAACAAUUGGUUUUGGAAUAUAAUAGACAAUAUUUCACUUGCAGUUUGUAAAA